AUGGAGUUCGCGGAGGUGUGGGGUAACCUGCAUCGGUACAAAACGCCCGUCGAGCUCACCAAGGAGAUACCCAAUGAGGAGCAAGUCCACGAAGAUUGGGAUGCAGUGUUGGAAAGAACGAGGGCUAAUGUCGUUGAGGCCGACGGCGAGGCGAAUUACGCAAGUCUAGUACGGUAUGUUCGGAUCGGCUCGGAUCCCGACAAGUUUGUGGUGACGCACGCUCAUCGUGAUGGUGACGCUGGCGUACGGUUGUUGAGGUUGGCGGAAGAGAAGGCCCAUUUGUGGGAUCUGCAGGAGACCUUUCAUUGUGAUGAUAUUUCCGCGGAGCCCUGGGGGAAAUUCGUAGAGGCGAAGUGCGCCAGGCCGGAAAACCCAAAGAAGAAAUUCCUGUUUGUGAUUAAUUUUGAAACCCAAGAUGAUGCGGUUUACUUUGCUGAGAAAUGGGGAGCCCCUUUCACAGCGGAGGAAGCGAGUGAGGAGGCACAGUCUAGUGAACGAGUCGAUCAUAGUGGCGAUGAGGUGAAGGACAGUCAUAGCACUGCUGAGCCCGAUAGCAGCGUUGAAUCAUCAACUGCUGGACUUGACGAUAGUAAUGAGGACAAGGCUGGCGAGGAGAAGGAGGAUAAUUCCGAUGGAGAUGAUGAUGAUGAUGAUAAUGAUGAUGUGGUCCCUCCUGAGGAGACUCCUGGUGGGGGGACCGAUAGUGGAGGAGGAGAUGAGGACGAGUCUCCCGGAUCUGGGUCUCAAGAAAUGGAAACAGGGGAAGGAACUCAAGAGGCCUCUAGCGACGACGUCGAACCGGCCUUGGCAUCGGACGAUGACUCUAAUGCUUCUGAGUGGGGAAAUUAUUCUCAGGUCUCGCAAGCGCUUCCUAUUGUUGAGGAUGAUUCGGCUUAUGCUGAGACAGAGGGUGGUCAUAGCACCAGCCGAGCAUUACGCAGUGAGGAAGGAGAGCGGUCUCGAGAGGUUCCGGAGACAGGAGCUGACGAGUAUGUUAUCCCUGAGAGCUUGCCGACCUUUCAAGAUGUAGGAGAUUUCACUACGGACAGCGACGACGAGGACGAUCAUACGGCUGCUGCUCGACUUGCAUCAAAUGUUGAGGAGGAGUUCUCUGCAGGAGAUGAGGAGACCCAAGAGGAGGAAGCUAAGUUAAGGCAUUCCUCGGAGGGUAACGCGGACGGUGAGGGGCUGAAGGCUGAUGAAUCGGAAGGUGACACUGUCGAUGACGAUGACAGGCUCUCACCGGACAAUGAGGAGGUUGCGCCGUCAUCCGAAGUGGAGGGGAGUGAUGGAAUCUUCGUGCCCACUGACGAGGUUCGGAGGCGUUACAAGAAGGAGGCGGAGGUCGCCGCGUGCGAGGAGGUGGCGGUCAGGCCCAAGCAUCGAGUUGACCUCAACGAUUGGCUGAUUCCGGUGAAAUGCACCAUUGGAGGUGGCGCUGGUGCUGAGACGGUAGAGGGGAAGAUCCGAUGCGACUCGGAGUAUGAAGCAAGAACUUUGGCCAAGCAGUGGGGCGGGUUUGAUGAUCCCUCCUGGGUUCCUGGCCUAUACUCUCUCCCUGGUAUGGCUGGCAAUAGCAUGCGGCUGCCAGAUGGAGUCGAUAGUAGCAGCAGUGGAUCGUGGUACUCCUACUCUCAAGGCUCGUGGGGGAAAGACAAGCAUGGCGAUCAGAUAUUGACAGAUUCCCCACCGUCAGGGGGCGAGUCCUGCAAAAAAUUGAUAGCCGAUUUCUCAAAGGGUGAGGCUGAUGAUGUUAUUGACUUUGACAUACGCAACAGAGAGCUAACGGUGUUGCCUGGUGGAAUGAUACAUCCACUGCAGUUGAGAUGCGGUGAAGUGGAGGUGCCUCCAGAAGGAAAGGGCGCUACUUGGCUGGUCCGUGUGGAUUGUCGAGACUCUCAAGUUUGCAGAGGGGAAAUAUAUACUGGAGAGCGCCAGGUUGUGAUCGAUCAGGUCAUGGUCGGUCUGGUGGAGGAGUGUUGGUAUGCGGACGUCGCGAAGAUGCUGAGAUUUUGGCCAGGACUUGGGGUGGUUUUAAACUGCCAGGAAGUAGUUCGUCUGUCUGCUCCCAAUGAGAUGCCUCAGCAGAUAGCCGAUUUCGCAUUUGCUAAUCGCGGACUGCGGAUAUCACCUUGGGGUGCCAAGGGUGGCCCUGAGGAGUUCCUGACCUGUGACCCGGUCCGAGCCCCACCGGCCAAGGAGAAGGAUGGUCGUUAUCGCGUCUCAGCCAGCUGCUACAUGGCAGCCUCAUCUAGGAUGUAUGCCUACGCUGAGGAGGAGGGUAUAGUGUGUGGAUCAUAUUGGGAUGCCCAGCUGCUGGCAGUCAUGUGGGGAGGUUAUGAACCUCCGCGGCCGACUACUACUACCACCAGCACAACUACUACAACCACGCGGAAACCCAGGUCGCGGUAUCCCACCUGCGAGACCAUGCGGCCCGACUGGUCCUACGGCGAGGCAGUAGACGAGGUCGUUGAUUUCGUAGUGUAUGGCAGACAGCUACAGGUACGUCCUUCCUAUGCGGAUAGCGUUAUGUCGCUGAUCUGUGAGCAAGUUAUGGAGCUUCCGAUGAGGCAUGGGGCUGCUGCUGCUGCCUACCAGCCGGAGCAGUGGUCGGUGCCUGUGAAGUGUGGUGAUGCUGAAGGUCAAGGGUUUGUCAGUCAAGGGAGAAUCUAUUGUGGAUCUUAUUACGAUGCUCAACUACUUUCAAUACAGUGGGGCGGAUACAGAGCGGUUCCCCAAACGACUACUCAUGCUCCCACGACUACGACGACUACGACGACUACGACGACUACGACCACUGCUACGCCUAAGAAUCGCUUCGGGAGCUGCACCCGUAUGCAGUUCGGAAGUGUAUUCACGAUGACCACUGGCUCGUAUGAUACUCUACUCGACGCUGUAUCGGCUAGUCGUGAACUGAAGGAACUCGAUCACGUUUUAAAGGUCGCACCAGUUGGCAGGAGAAGAACCCGGUCGAUGUCUUGUGAUAGAGUUACACUAGAUCCUACACCGUGGCGAGGAAAUUGGUAUGUGCCUGUGGAGUGCCAGAAUAAUGAAAAUCCGGGAAGCUAUGAUAACGCCAACGUCGUAUGUGGAUCUUAUUGGGAAGCGGAGAUGUUCGCCGUCCUGUGGGGAGGCUAUGAACCGACGCGGUUCCCCAGCUGUACAUACGCACAGCCGGAGUUCGCAGUGGCAGCAGAAAUGGACGAAGUCAUGGACCUUGCCGUGGACAACCUUGGUCGAAUUAUGCAGCUGACCCCAUUUGGCUUCCCCGACGUGGUGACACUGUCCUGUGAUGGAGCGGAUGGCCAACCGACUGAAUUGGAUAAAAGUGGCAAGUGGCAGAUUAAGACGAAGUGUCGCGACGCUACAGGCUGGGACUCCGCCGGAGUUUCUUAUCGUAUUGUUUGUGGCGCCUACUGGGAUGCGGAGCUGCUGUCCAUCCUAUGGGGUGGAUACAGACCGGUUGUCACACGUAUCACUACGACUAGCACGGCAAGCACUACCACCCAGAUGGUGUUCACUACCGCCUCGGUGGCGAACAGUGCGAGCACAGGCUGGUUCAACUUCGUGCAUUUCGACUGGGCCUCUUCGGAACGAUUCGGAAGCUGUUCACAGCUCCAGCGAGAGGCCACUCCUGGUGUGGCUGAUGAUCUCCUAGACCUCAAGACGACUGGGAGGAUGCUCACGCCCGGUGCCGAGCCGAGGGGAGGAGAGCAAAUGGAGAGUCCGCGUUGGCUGCUUCGAAGGAUUCAGUCUGGUGAGAAUAAUAUUUGGGGGGAGACCUUAGAUGGCAAGAAAGUGAAUAUCGUUUUCGAUGAGCCGGGCAUGGCAGAGCUCCUUAUGCGGCAGUUCACGGGCCGCGUGCAGGAGGUCACGACUGAUGUCAGCCGAUUUGCCCAGGCGCUCGGGGUAAGAGGCUUCUCGAGCCCCCCUCCAGUGCGGAGGUCGACCAAUGACCAACACAGCCGAGGUGAAAGACUUGUUGGAGAGCAGUUAAACAUGCUGCACUUGUAUGUGCCUCUGCUUGCUCUAACUGCUGCAAGAUUGGUCAACAGCGAGGCUGCGAAUGAAUCUCAGGACUCCCUAGGCCCCCCGAUUCCUGAUAUACCGGACCUGGACUUGGACGCACUACCAACCGAGGCAGAGGCGAAGAAGGAUCUCGAGGCUGGAGCUGCAUCAGGAAACAUCGACCCGACGUUGCCGAGCUUUCCCAUUGAUCCUAUACCCGCGGAAAGCGGCGAGUAUAAGUCGUACGAUGACAUGGCUCGUGAUGAGGACGAUGAUGAUUCGUAUGCGACUCGGCCGAUCAACGAGGAUGAUAUGAUAGACGAGGAUGACAACAUCUCUGUCGAGCCCAGCUCAGAUGAUGUCAGCAGUGACGAGGUACCAGAACAAGCAUUCCUCACGCCUGUUGUUGAUGCUAAUGGGACCUCCGACUCUGCUGAAGAAGCGCCCGAUGUAACCAAUGAACUAACUGAUGAGCCUCACGCGUCGUCCGAGGAUACUCUAAGUGAACCCGAGGAGCACGGAAAGGAGAUGGAGGCUACUGGCCCGGAAGAAGUUGCCAAUGAGGAUGAGGUAUCUCCAACAGAGGAACAACCGGAGACGGGAGACUCAGUCGAUAAAACAUCAGAUGAAUCUACUGACGAUGCAGAGGAAGAUGAUAAGAACGAAGAAGGAAGAGGAACAGAUGAGCGAUCGUCGCAGAUGACCACGGCUGAAAUACUGGAGCAUUGCCCUGCUGUCUCUUUCGAGGGCCGCCCAUAUUCCAAGAUUUCCUCCAUCUGGGAUGGUGGUUUCAUGGUACCCCAUGGACAGGGCGAGGAUCAUGACGAAUCAUCCUCCGAUAGGAUCGAGUGCGCUGGAGCCGAGUCUCGACAUGAGCCCGGCGCUCGUUAUCCUGAAGUGUCCACCCUCUGCAGGAAACCCGGCUCAGAGGGGGUAUUCGACACGUGGGUUAGUCUCAAGUGCUUCAACAAAGAGGCUGCAAAUAUCGUAGCCCGGAAAUGGAACACGUACUCGGAUAGCAAGAUAGCCGCCGCAUGCACCACUCUCGACUUUGGUGAUCGCAUGGAGAGAAUCAGCGAGGUGAACAAUGACAGACGUGAAAUUGAGGCUGAGCAGGAUGGAUGCUCGCAAGCCUCCGUACGUGGUGCUGGUAUUGUCGAAGUGAAGGAAAUUCACAAAGGGACGAUCACGGUCGAAUUACCAGACACAACUUUCCUUCAAAGGACUGGUCCCCAACUAGUCAAAUACGAGUGUACCGGUCUUAAUCUGCCGUCCCGAGGGCUAGCUGCUCGCUACUCUGUUCGACAGCAGUGCCGAGACCCAGCAAUACCUGCGUCAACAGCGGACGACUAUAACGUUAGGGUAUCCCUUAUUUGUGAGGGGAAGUUGGAGGUGGACCAAGCCGCUCAAGUCUGGGGAGAACCAGCCCCGCUGAAUAACAACGCGACAACCACAGCUGUUUCGACUGGAGACGUUACCCAAGACUCGGUGGUGGAGGUCGAAGACCAUACGACCGGUCAGAAGCAGUAUAAACAGCUAGUAUUGAAUCCAACAGAGUACGAGAAGUCUCACUUGAAGGAGCUGAAGCUCAAUCUGAGAGCAUUGAAGCACGGUAAUCAGACAAUCUCGAGCAUCAAUACAGAGAACGACAAGAUUGUCAUCCACUCGAGAGAAGCUGAAAAGAUACUGGACACAUUAAAACGUGACGCUGGCACGGUCCAUGUGAAGCCUGCAUGA